AAAUGGCCUUCAUCAGCGUUUUAUCAGUGUCAACCCACCCUUCCGGAGUUGCCUCAAUUAAGGAACUCUCGUGGACACAAAGCUCUUCGAGCAUUGUAACAUUGGCGGGGAAAAUGCAAAUUUAUGGUUUGCUCCGGGAUAAAUAUGGCUAUAGUAUCACUGAGCUCUUCAUCAAUCUUGUAUCAAAAUUCUGAAAAUACCGUCUUCCUGAUUGAUAUACCAACUUCAAUUCAAGAAGCGCAAGGCGUAGAUUCUCAGCCAUGUACGGAUAGACUAUUUUCCGCACAACCCAUGCAAAAACCAUUUUCAACAAAUGAGCCAAAGUCUCAAGCUGCGGUUGAAAAGAUUCAGCAGAAUACUGUCGAUGCAGAGCUACACGCUUAUUAUGCGCAACUCAUUCGGGAAGCGUUGGUGGAGAUUCAAAGCCAUUGGCAGAACGAUUGGUGCUUAACACGAUUUACUGCCCCAAUGUCUAGUGGAGACCUGGAUCAACGAUCACGAAAGAGGAAAUCUGGUCCUAAUGAUCGUCGCUCAACAGAUUCGAUCUCAGAAUGUGAUUCUAGAAUAUCACUUCCAUCAAAUCUCAUGCAGAAGAUGACCGCUCUCACCCGGAAAUCUUUGUGGCGGACGAGAUGGCCAAGACCAUUACAGCAUCUCUGCCAGAGCGAAGGAACCCUGCUAGAAGGCCCAGACGAUCCUUUCUACGCCAUUGCAAACACGGAGCAGACUUCUCAGGACUUAGCCGUCUCUGAUAAAGAGCUCCCGGGUUUUGGUCAUGAAAGAGUAUACUCAUUUCAAGUACCGCCCUUAUCAACUUUUAUGCUCUCAGAUAUCAAGGGAUUUGGGCAUCUUCACGAGUCCGUCGCGGAACUCGAGCGACAGAAGCAUGAACUCAGGCGUUUCGAUAUUAUUCUGAUGGACCCUCCUUGGCCGAAUGCUUCCGCAAAACGUCGAUCCGGUUACAAGCUGCACAGAACAUUAGCAGAUAUGAAGACAACGAUACUUUCCUUGCAACUCGACUCACUCCUAAAGGAGCAAGGUCACGUUGGUGUAUGGAUAACAAAUAAGCCCAGCCUCAGAGACUCAAUAGUUGGGGAAGAUGGGCUUUUUGGUCAUUUAGAAUUACAGCUUGUAGAAGAAUGGGUCUGGAUCAAAACAACCACUAACGGUCAGCCAAUUACCAGCCUUGACAGCCUGUGGAGGAAACCAUAUGAGAUUCUUCUUUUGGGGCGCCGCAUGGGGGCGAGGCAAGAAUCCCAAUUUAAUGUCAAGUCAAGGGUCAUUGCAGGUGUACCAGACCUGCAUUCAAGAAAACCUUGUCUCAAAAAACUUAUGCCUCUACUGGUGCCGGAUGCCCGGAAUUACCUGGCUUUGGAACUCUUCGCACGGCAUCUUACCUCAGAGUGGUGGUCUUGGGGGGAUGAGGUCCUCAAAUUCAACUGGAAAGGAUUUUGGUCUAGCUCCCCUUGUGAGGCGGAUUCAUCGGGUUGACAAAAGUGUUUAUGUUAGAGCUUGCGCCGUCCUAGAGUAUAUCUCCCUAUC